CAGCACCACCCCUAAUCAGCGUGGUUGUUGCUCUUGAACACACCUCGUAACAUUUUCUCCAACAACAGGAGACGGAGGAGAAGUGAACGCCGAGCGAAAGAUCAUAUAUUACCCCAGGUUUCAUUGUCUUUGUCUCGGGAUCCAGGAUGACGAGCUAUCAACUGAGCGCGAAGGAGGACAUGGUGGAGACGUUUCUGGAUGCUGCAGCAAGAGGAGAUAUGUCCCAGGUGUCCACCUUGCUGUCCCAUGUGCCCUCGCUCAUAAACCAGACAGGAUACAGCGGCUGGACCGCACUAAUGCUUGCAGCUCGCAAUGGACAUUUUCAUGUGGUGGAGAAGCUGCUGUCACAUGGCUGUGAUAAGUUCAUAGUAAACAGUUCAUCACAGACCGCCUACGAUGUUGCCAAGUUCUGGGGUCACAAACACAUCGCUAACCUACUCUGCCAGACAGACGAUGGCUGCCGGCGAGUCCUGCCGGGCUCCGACAUCAGUCCGCAGGAAAACUACUUCAGCAGGGAGACGCUGGACCGCCUGAGUGGGAAGAGGACUGACAAGGACUGGUUGGAGGCCAAACAAAGAGAACCAGAUACUGUCUACCUCAUAUUCUCGAACCUCAGCCCCAUGCUCAGCACAUCCCAGGAAGACGACGGCGCAGCGGUUGAGAGCAAACUGUGCCGGUUCAGAUAUGAGGCAGUAAAGGAUCUUCUGCAGAAACCUCCAACUGUGCUCAUUUUCCUCGGAGUAGAGAAGAGGAAAAAUCCCUCCCCUUCCUCUCCUGAGGAGGGUAUCCGGGAGGCUCCUGCUUGGUUUGCUUUCAGCACUGAUGAAGAUGCUGCUGACCUUGUUAAACGGUGCAGGGAGAAGAACUGCUCCUUUCCAAAGAUGCCAAACAGAGACCUGCUGAAACUAAACGAGGAAGAGGCCGGAAUCGUGGCUCAGGCUCGAUCGGUGUUGGCCUGGAACGGUCGCUACAGCUUCUGUCCGACAUGUGGCAGCAGCACCAAACUGGAGGACGGAGGACACAAGAGAAGCUGUCUGAACUCUGAAUGCAGGAGUCUAAAGGGGGUCCACAAUACCUGCUAUCCACGAGUUGACCCAGUGGUCAUCAUGCUGGUGAUCCACCCAGAUGGAAACCAAUGUUUACUGGGAAGGAAGAAGGUCUUCCCAGCUGGGAUGUUUUCCUGUUUAGCGGGAUUUGUAGAGCCUGGGGAAACGAUUGAGGAUGCAGUAAGGCGGGAGGUGGAGGAGGAGAGCGGCGUGAAGGUCGGACCGGUUCAGUAUGUCUCCUGCCAGCCCUGGCCGAUGCCAUCCAACCUCAUGUUUGGCUGCCUUGCUGUCGCCAUAUCAACAGACAUCAAAGUGGAUGAGAACGAGAUAGAGGAAGCUCAGUGGUUCACACGGCAACAGGUAAUCGACUCCUUGUUUAGAGGAGCAUCUCCAGCUUUUAACAUCCCCCCCAGGCAGACCAUCGCCCACCAGCUGAUCAGACAUUGGAUCGGCAUAAACGCUAACCUCUGACAGAACACCUUCAUCACUCGACCUCCUGCCCAGCCGAGGAGGUCAGAUGGAUAGGAACGGAUUUGUCCCCAGUCGAUUAACUCACCACAUUCCUCAGAUUGUUCACGUUGUGCUUUAAUAACUGCGAAGUGACUUGACGCAUGUACAACAAUCUCAGGUCUGACAUUUCACCUCGGAAAUAUCUGCAGUACGAUGAUGAAAUAUGGAAGAAGAAGCGUGCUCUGUCCAGAUUCAGUCCAGAAGUUGUUGUCAGAAACGGUAAUUAUUUAAAAUAAAUGUAUUUUAAAAAAUGUAAA